UUGAAUCUGCAUUCACUGUUUAGUUUGUUAAUAUGAUGUGUAUAUAUCAAUUAUUGAAUCUGUUAGUCUGAUACUCUGAUGUACAUAUAUCCAAUCUGCACAACAGAAUGGGUAGUAAAAGGUCAGCUGAUCCUGGUUGGACUUACGGGACGCUGGUAGAAGGAAGCAAGACCUCAGUAAGGUGCAAUUUUUGUGGUUUUGUCUCAACUGGCGGGAUAACAAGGCAUAAACAUCACCUUGCUUGGGAUUCCCCCGAUGUGGCGAGAUGUCCCAAGGUUCCCGAUGACGUGAAAAAGCUAUUCAUAGAACUUUUUGAGAAGAAGAAACGUGUAAAAGAGACGGCAAACAGCAUACCACAUUUUGAUGAAGUGGUCGAGUUAGAAGAAAAUGAUGAAGAUGAAGAAGCGGCUCAAUCUCAAUCAAAGGGAAAGAGAGUGGCUUCAUCAGCCGGUGCUAGUGAUGCUAAUAAAAAAGCAAAAGGCCCUUUGUAUGCAAUGUUUAAGCCAUCGCUUACAUCGGGGAAGAAAGGGGGAAACUUGGUAGGAAGCGUAGAGCACAAUGAAACACAAAAGAAACUAAGACUUGAUGCAGUUCAAAAGUUUUCUCGUUGGAUGUAUGAUGCGGGGCUUUCUUUCAAUGCGGUGACGUACGAUAGUUUGGGGCUCGCAAUUGAAGCAAUUGGUAGAUAUGGGUGCGGUAUGAAACCCCCUACGUAUCACGAGGUACGUGUUCCUAUGCUGAAGUUAGAGAUGGAACACACCAAAAAACUUUUGCGUGAUAAUGAGGUUGAAAAGUCAACCUAUGGGUGUUCGUUGAUGGCUGAUGGUUGGAGGGAUCGGAAAGGAAGGGCGUUAAUCAACUUCCUAGUGAACACUCCUCGAGGGAGUAUGUUCGUUGAAUCAGUCGAUGCUUCUAGCUAUUCUCACACCGGUAAGAACAUGUUCAAGUUGUUUGACCGAUUAAUUCAGGAGGUUGGGCCAAAGGAUAUUAUUCAACUUGUGACUGAUAGCGCAAGUAACAAUGUAGCUGCGGGUAAACUUGUGGAAGAAAAAUACCCGCACAUAUAUUGGACUCCAUGUGCGGCCCAUUGCAUUGAUUUGAUGUUUGAAGACAUCUUCAAGUUACCCGACUUAAAGGGUUGUCUUGAAAGGGCAAUUGCGGUGAACACAUACGUAUAUAACCGCACAUUGCUACUCAACAUGAUGAGAGAAUUCACCGGGCAGAAAGAUAUGGUUAGGCCCGCGAAGACCAGAUUUGCGACCGCUUUUAUCACUCUAAAUUGUUUCAAGGUAAACAAACAAAACCUAAAAAAAAUGUUCACCUCCGAAAAGUGGAGCACAAGCAAGUUCGCAAUGGAGACUGGAGGUGCACGUAUAGCGAAUACUAUAUUGUUGCCAACCUUUUGGAACCACGUAAACUUUGCGGUGAAAAUUGGGUAUCCGUUGUUAGGAGUGCUUCGUUUAGUUGAUGGAGAGAAAAAGCCUCCUAUGGGUUAUAUUUAUAAUGCUAUGAAAAAGGCAAAGGAGUUGAUUGCUUCCUCUUUCAAAAAUAAAGAAGCAAAGUAUAGAGACAUUUUCAAAAUAAUUGAUAAAAGGUGGGAUUGUCAGUUACAUCAACCUUUGCAUGCAGCGGGAUAUUAUUUGAAUCCUGGUUUGUAUUACAACAAUCCAGAGGUGGAGGAUGAUACUGAGGUGAUAAGUGGGUUACAAGCAUGCAUUAUGAAGUUGAUAUUAAACGAAGAUGAGCAGAUACAGAUUAACACUGAGCUCCCGCUAUAUCGACGUGCUGAUGGGAUUUUCGGAUAUCCAAUGGCAAAGAAAAUGCGAGCAAAGCUUGCGCCAGCGGAGUGGUGGAUGCAAUAUGGAGCAACGGCACCGGCUCUAAAAAAGUUUGCAAUCAAGGUGCUUAGUUUGACGUGUAGCUCGUCGGGGUGUGAACGCAAUUGGAGCGUAUUUGAACAUCUUCAUUCCAAAAGAGAAACCGACUUGAGCAAAGCAAGCUUAAUGAUCUUGUGUACAUUAAGUAUAAUCGGGCUUUACGAAGAAGAUAUGAUAUGCGUGAUACGAUUGACCCGAUUAUCUUAGAUGAUGGAAAUGUACAAGAUCCAAAUGAGUGGUUGAAGGGAGCUUUAGAGGGGUUAGAAGAGGAUGAAGAAAAUGCACUUGUUCAUGAGGGUGAAGAUUUGACAUACGGUGAUGUUGCAACGGCUGUCGGGGCGAGAGAGCCAUUGCAUUAUACUAGAAGAAGUGCAAAUGCUAGUAAAAGGGGUGAGGGAACGUCAACAUCGACGUCAAGCUCAAGGCCUAAGCCUAAGCCUAAGAGAAGAACUUUAAUAGAUGAAGAUGAAUAUGAUGUGGAAGUCGAAGAAAAUGAUGUUGCGCCUUAUAAACAAUUUGUGCCGACAUUGGAUGCCGUUGUUGACGAUGAUGAUGAGCCGGAAUAUGAAGAUUUAGAUGAUUUAGCUUAUUAGUCAUAGUAUUAUUAGCUAUUUUGGUAUGGGAAGGUUUUUUUUUUGGAUUAUAGUUGCUACAAUAUUUUAAUGCUUGAUAUGAAAUAUUUUUGAAAUUUUCUACUACCUUAUCGCUAUUUACAGAAUAGCGGGCGCUAUUCUAUCGCUAUCGCUACGUAGCAUAUAGGUGACUUGUCGCUAUUCGCUAUCGAUAACUAUGGUCUCAGAUAUUCAUAAAUAGUCUCACAGAAGUGUGACUUCAACUUUAGAUGUGUGGUGCUUAAACAUAAGAUGAUUAGUUUAAAUUUGAUCUUAAUCAACUUUUCGUUUGUGGUGCUUUACUUAAAAGUAUAUGUUGAUCAUUAAGGGGGGUGGGGUUCACUAGUGAUAGAAAUUUUUUUACUCACGAAUGGAAUGCAGAUGAGCAAUCCCUCUCGCAACACCUAUCGCUAUGUUUAGUCGACGACCUAAAUUCAAAGGAGGCAUCAUUCCUAAAACAAAACUCACGUUAAAUCAAACGAUCAAAGUAACAUUCAAAGAAGGCAUCUAAUAUUACAUUAAUUAAUCACUUACCAUGCAGAUGACGAUUCAAAUCAAAGUUAGAAAUAUAAGCGUACACAAGCAUCUGAGGUUCGCGGCAAAAACCAAGCAAUGGUACAAGGUUUUCAUGCCUAACCCCAUAUAGCAACUCGAGUUCUCUGUCGAAAUCAGGUUUCCAUAACUAUAUGUCUUCCUGGGACUUUUAUGGCAACCAUCACUCCCCCAGAAAAUUCCCCCCGGUAGACUGUUCCGAAACCUCCUACACCAAGGACCCUAUCAAAGGCAUAAGAGUUUGUAGCUGCCCGAAGGCCAUCCGCAACAUAAUGUAUCGGUUGCCAUGAUUCAGUAUUACUUUCAUACGGAAGACUCCAUGAUGAAGCUGCAGAUUAAUAAACAGUCGGAGAUGGAGGCGGAUUUCCAAACGGAGGCGGAGGCGGACUUCCCAGAACACCACUAGGCUGACUACUAACAGGCUGCGAACCUACCGAUGCUUGUGGACUACCAACAAGCACCGGACCUCCCUGACCACCACCAGGUGGCUGUUCACUACCAACAAGCACCGGAGGCGGCGGUUGACUGCUAACAAGCACCGGAGGCGGCGGUUGACUGCUAACAAGCACCGAAGGCGGCGGUUGACUACCAACAAGCACCGGAGGCGGCGGUUGACUACCAACAAGCAACAGAGGCGGCGGGACUACCAAGGCGGUUGACUACCAACAAGCAACGGAGGCGGCCGUUCACUACCAACAAGCAACGGAGGCGGCCGUUCACUACCAACAAGCACCGGAGGCUGCCGUUCACUACCAGCAGGCGGCGCACCUCCUCCAUUACCUUGUCUCAACCUCAUAAUCAAAUACCCUACGACAAAUAUAAGGAAAACAACACAUACGAGAAUAGCCCCCAAUAUUCCGACGGUCAGAAUAGAAAGUAGUGACUGAUGAGGUGGUGUGUUGUUGAAGAUGGCCGGUGGCGAGUGGUUGAAGAUGGGUGAUGGUGUGUGUUUAAAGUUGGGUGGAGCUGGUGGUACUGUUUGAUUGAAGUGGGGUGGUGAUUGUGGUGGGUGGUUGAAGUGGGGUGGUGACGGCGGCGUGUGGUUGAAAUGGGGUGGUUACGGCGGCGUUUGGUUGAAGAUGGGUGGAGGUGGUGGGUGGUUGAAGUGGGGUGGUGAUGCUGGUGGGUGAUUGAAGUGGGGUGGUGACGGCGGCGUGUGGUUGAGGAUGGUUGGUGGAAGUGAGGUGGAGGUGGAGGUGGAGUGUGCCGGCGGAGAAACAUGAUUCCGGCAAAUACAGCGUGCAGAUACCAAAAACCCUAGGGUUUUUCACGUAAAAUGAACACUCAAUGUCUGAGUGACAAGUGUUUUGUGAGUUGAUAUUUGAAAGAUCAGAGUAAUGAUUCUUUUUUACAGAUGGGUAAGCAAUCCAAUGGUUUGGAGAUAUUGCAAUUUUCAUCUAUACACAUACGAUACUAAUCCAAUGGUUUAGGAGAUAGUCCCCAUACGCAUACGAUACUAUUUACAUGCAGUGAGUGAGUGUAUAUGAGGUGAGUAUACUAGUUAUUCUUUACUUGUUCUCCAAUCUAUUCAGUUUUGUUUAUAUACAAUUAUUAUUAUUAUUAUUAUUAUUAUUAUUAUUAUUAUUAUUAUUAUUAUUAUUAUUAUUAUUAUUAUUCAAUUCAACUUUUUAACAAUUAAAGGAUAAUUGAUGUGUUUAAUAAAUUUUAUUUUAUCUUCUCCGUUUAAUAUUUUGUAUACCCUUCUGAUUAAAUAGAUAUUACAAUCAACCUUAUUUCUAUGCACGAUGUAAGAAAUGCAUACAAUUACAUUAGUUUGGUUAGCUAAUUUACUAAGAAAAGAAUAUUGUGGAACCAUUGGCGAAGCUUUAUUGUGGCCAGGAGGAGAUGCCACGGCUCCCACCGAUUUUUCGCACAUAUUGUUUAUUUCACUGAAUUUUUUAAAAUAUUUUAAUGAAAAAUAUUUUAUUUUUAAGAGUCUGACCCCACUGAUUUGAAUU